UGCCCGGGCUGCCCGUGCCCCAUUGAGAAACUGUGAUGGGAGUUAACGGACACUGAGGCGGUGUUACCGCGGUCCUGAGAGCGGGCCCUGUGGGGGGUGGGGGACGCCGCCCCCCACACCAUGGACAGCAAGAUAGCGGCGGGUCCGUACCGAGCCACCAAGCUGUGGAAUGAAACGAUUGAGCUAUUUCGAGCUCGGAUGCCCCUGAAGAAGCAUCGUCUUCACUUCCGUACUUAUGAUUCCUGCUUUGCUGCCUCAGAAGGUGUUGAUUGGUUACAUAAAUUCCUGAGAAGUAAUCCCAAUUUUGGAUCUGAAGUUACUCGUUACCAGACUGUGCAGUUACUCAAAAAGUUCUUAAAAAACCAUGUGAUUGAAGAUAUAAAAGGAAGAUGGGGAAAAGAAGAUUUUGAAGAUAAUAAUCGAUUAUACAGGUUUCCACCAUCAUCUCCUCUUAAGCCUUAUCCCAAAAAGGCAUCUCAUUUAGUUUGUGAUGUACAUCCUAAAUUUCCAAAUUGGAGUGACUAUGAUAUUCCAGCGUCUGGACCUGUACCAGUAAGGCCGAUAAUUUUGAAUUCGUACUUGUGGCACAAGCGUCAUAGCAUUGCAAUUGGAGAAGUGUCGGAAUGUAGAAUUAUACAUCGGGAAGAGGUUUCACAAGCAACUGUGGAAGAGAUAUGGAAAUCGAUGACCCUAGCAUAUUUGCAGAAGAUUCUUGGACUCGAUUCUCUAGAAGGAGUGCUGGAUUCCAAACUACUUAAUCCCAAGCAUAUCGUCUAUAAUGUUCACCACAUUAAUAAACAAGGAGUAGUAAUUCUGGAGAAUAAACUGGAAGAGCUUCCGCACUGGGUUCUGUCAGCCAUGAAGUGUUUGGCAAACUGGCCAAAUGGAAGUGAUUUGAACCGACCCAUGUACCCAGGGUUUGAAAGAGACGUGUUCAAGACUAUAGCAGAUUACUUCCAAAAGACAAAGCAGCCAUUGCUAACAUUUGAAUUCUAUGAGCUCUUUAUAAAUAUUUUAGGUCUUUUGCAACGAACGCAAGAUGGUAUUGAAGCUCUUCAAGUUUGUUGCCUCCUUGUGCCCCCGGAAAACCGAAGAAAGCUGCAACUCCUAAUGAGAAUGAUCGCUCGUAUUGCUCAAAAUAUGGAAAUGCCACCCCUUCAUGAUGCUGUUGCAAACAGAAUGUUGAUGAUUCAAACCUUCUCUCGCUGUAUCCUGUGUUCAGAAGAUGAAGUGGACCUAGAUGAGUUGCUGGCUACUAGACUUGUCAGCUUCAUGAUGGACCAUUACCAAGAUAUUCUGAGAGCUCCUGACCAUCUACAAAGUGCAGUGGAGGAACAUUUGGCCCACCUCAGAAGAGUUCAGAUAAAGUAUGCAGGUGCUGACGCCGAUGCUACAGUAACUUCCUACACCACCUCUUGUCAGAUUACUACUGAAGAUUGUAAAGAACAGAGAAGUUCUCAAGCAGCAGUUGCAACCCUGCUAGAAGAAAUAAUAAUGAAUAAAACUAUUUCUGUUAAAGAGAAGAAGAAGAAGUUAAAGCAGUUUCAGAAAUCCUAUCCUGAUGUUUACAAAACUCGGUUUCCAACAGCAGAGAGUGAGGCAAUGGUCUUUCCUGAAAAAUCAAAGCUUAAACCACAGUUCAUGUUUUUCACAAUGAAGAAAUCAUUCCAGCCAUUUAAUAGAACCCGGAGUUUCCGGAUGUAAUACAUUCAUAGCUGUGGCAAGCUGCUGCUAAUGUGAGAUUUUCUUUGGUUAUUGACCUCGGUUCUCAGUUAUGUGGUAAUGGCAUUUGAAGAUCCUUGGUGCUACAAGUGCUGAUUAUAUUGCAUAUUAUGCAAAAACUUUCAAUCGCGUUAUCUGAACCCUGUUACUUAUUGAAUAUGAAUAGCUGAAAUUUAAGAGAAACCAUUCACUUUUUAUUGAACACCAUAUAUUGCAAGUUCAAUUUGAUCUAAUAACCAUUAAGUGUUAAAGGAAAAUUGUUUGACACAGAAGAAAUAUAAUUUUGAGUAUUAUGCACCUAGUUAUUGAUAUAAGUAAUUAACUGUAAACAAAUAAUGUUGGCAUAUUUAAGGGUGUAUUCUUGAUAAUUUUUGUGGUGACCUAAUCCCAGUUGCAAAAUGACAGACAAUAGAUGUCUCUUUUCAAGAGAGUAUUCCUCAUUCCAUGAUAAGCUAGGAAUAUCAAGAAUCUUCCCCAGCCCUCCUUUUGUUAUAUUAAGACUACUCUCUCUGAUACUCUGGUGCACACCCAACAACCCCUCGUUUCUCCAUGCAAAUGUAUAAGAUGCGGUACAUUAUAUUUGCCACUUCAAUCUCAGGGGCCCCAAAUGUUGCUGCUAAAAUAGCAAUUUUCUUGUUCUUUUCAGUUAUUAUAUUUGCUGGUCAUGAAAGUCUCUCUCCUAUGUAGAUACUACUGAAGGCAGAUUAGGUGACACUUUGCCAGACAUCUUCAUUCAGUCCAAAAAGCUGAGUUUCUAGUGGUCUUCUCAUUUUAAUUCUCCACCCAAAUCCCACUCUGAUUUUCCUGUACCUGGCCUCCUACAUUGUUCCAAAGAAGCUCCCCGUCAUUUCAGGCGAUAGCAUCUUAUCUCUUGGUUAUGCACUCUGCAGCCUUCCAAGCUCAUCUACAAUUUGUUGAAGCCUGUUAAUCUCUGCACUCAUUUCUUUUGGCGAUGACAGCUGUGGGAAUGAUUCUGUUGUUCCUGUUGCCAUCCAGACCCAGCUUUUUAUUUCUUGUUUCAUUAUUAUCUGGUGCUACAGUAUCAUCUCUUGUUGUUUAACCCCUCCUGCCCUGUCACUGUUUUUCAGAAUUUCCCUGAUGUCUAUUCUCCUCUUUCUCGGCCUCUCUUUGCUUAAAACCUUUUCCAUUUCAUCAGCCAGCAACCAUAACUCUGCUUCUCUCUCCGUAAAUGCUACCUGACCUGAUAUAUUUUUAGCAUAUUUGGAUUUCCAGCACUUGCAAUUUGCUUGGUAUUAGUUCAGAUGUGCCUCCUACUGUACACUAGAAGUUUUAUUUGAAAAGGACAGCUCAGAAUGUGCAAUAAAUAUUACGUUGCAUCAUAUGCUUUUAGAACUUCUUUUAAAGCUGUGUUAAUUCCAAUUCAUCUUUCAAAUAUUUGCUAAACAUGAUGGAUAAACAUUUACAGCAGGUACCCUAAAAACACUAUCUGUUAUUAGGGCAGCUCUUAAUGUUAGUGUGAAGAUUUGUUAAGUCCCAGUAAAAAUAUAUAAUUGCAUGUAUUUUCUUACUCCCACAAAUGUGAAACUCAAUUAAUUCUUGCUGAAGAGACCUUGUCUCAGAUGCAUUACAUUUUAUGAGCUACUCAUAGUAAUAACAAAAAUAUAUUUACUGUGCUUCUGAAGUAUACUCACUUUGAAUUCAUCCUAUGCCUCAUAAAAUUUGCUAAAAAUCUGUUUACUGUCCUAUAAAACACGAGCAAAAUGCUGUGGGUGGUGGAAAUUAAUUACAAAAACAGUGCUCCAACAGCUAAUAGGUCAGGGGAACAUCUUUCGAGAGAAACAAAUUAAUAUUUCCAGCUGGAUCAGUGAAGUGGACUGUUUGGGCCAAAUGGCCUGUUUUUGUGGUGUAGAUCUAAUCUAUUUUGGCCAAUUCUUUACAGCUAGCUCAAAAGUAGCACCUAAUUUAUUUUCCAGCGUUUACUCUCUCCUUUUUGAAAUGCUAUCGGCUCCUGAUAGUGUGUCUAAUAUUGAGAAUUUAUUGCCUGGAGAAACGAUAGUAUGAAAACGCCUAUAAGUAGUGCAAUAAUGCACUACUGUCACUGUGCCACUAGGCCAUUAUCUUAUUGUUUUGACUGUUUAUCUUUGUUUUCUUUGUGUCCAUCUAAAAUAAAAAUGGAGAUUAUGACCAUUGGCCUAAUAACGGCAGCAUUGGCUGGGUUUUGCAAUUAGAAAACAUGAUGGGUCUAACAACCUCACUAUUAUUUACAUAAAAAUUAGACAGUCUGUUGAGCAAGCAUAUUCAGUCAAAUGCAGGACUUUGGAGGUUGCAGUUUGUGAUACAAUAUUUUUGAAAGUUUCCUAAAAUGACGUUUUGCUGUGCCAUUGCUGUACUAGUUUCAUUGAGAACUAAACCUACUAGGAAAAUGUGGGUCUUGUCUUCAAUUGCAUAUAUCCUUUUAACAAUCUCUCUGGUGUUGAAAUUAACCUUUAAAGGUGUAAAAUUCCUUCAAAUUUUAAUUAUUAGCAGUUAAUUAUUUUAACUUUUGUCUUUUCUGUCUCCAUCCAGUUGUUCUUUCUCCUCCUCACUACUAUAUGUGCCUGAUUUUGUAUUGAAUUCUGUUUUCAAAUCACAAUUUCUGGUUCAGUCUCUUAAAUCUAAUUGAUGGAAGAGAUGCACAGAUUUAGAAAUCUCCAUUCUUUUCACAGCUCCCUGAUGCUCCACAGAAGAUGCUGUGCUUUUUGGCUCUAAUUUACAUUAAAGUCCAGUACAAAAUCCAAUUUAAAGCAUUAGCAACUGAACAUUUGUGAUAGUGAAUUCUGGUCCACUUUGUCCCCUCCUUGUAUAUAAUAAAUAUAUUGACUACCAUAAUGUACUGAAAAGACCAUGAAAGAGCAUAGGACUUAGGAGCAGAAGGCCAUUUGGCCUUUCAAGUCUGCUUCAUUCAAUAAGAUCAUGGUUGAUUUUGUUUCAGCUCCACUUUCUUGUCUGAACCCCAUAAUCCUUCACUCACUAGUUGGGCAACCCACACACACACAUCAGUAAGGUUUCAAUAUAUUGAAAGUCUGGGUAAACACACUUUUUAGUUAACUAGUAUUUGGCAAUUACAGACUUUUAGGUUUUGCACAGUUGAAAACAUUUUACUAUAUGAGUUCUAACAUUUCAAGUUUAAUCUAAUUUGUUAAAUGCAUUUUGCGCUUAUCACCUAAGUGCUAUCAUCUACUGUAGUUGUCUUAAUCACUGAAUAUGUUCCCUUUUUUUUGCAUUGUUACAGUGUUCAAAAGCUAUUAAUUGUCUCAAGUAGUGUUCAUUAUUUGGAUGUACUUAUUUGGAUGUUCAUUCCUAAUGUUUGUAAAAUAAUUUGCCAGUUUUUUUGUGCCAAUCUUUUUUUUGUGUCAUGUUACAUCUUUUCCUUAUUAUUCCUUAGUCUUGAGGUGGCGUGGUGACCUAUUGCCACGCUCCUCUGUUGAUGCUGCUGCUGGACAGCAUGCGAGAGUAUUCUGGUUUCAGCUGGCUUUUUUUAUUAAAGUAUUCACUCUGAUGGGAAUGUGUGUGGUUGACUCACGUUGAAAUUGGCAACUUAGCUGCAGUAGUGGAUCUUUUUUAUACUUUACAACUUGGUACAAGAAGUAAAUAUCCAGUUGUAAGAAAGUAGUAUAAUUAAUACAAAAUUGUAUUUCUCUGCUGUUGCUUUCAGAUGGAACUACUGAGCUACAUUUGUUUCUAAUAAAUUUUUUGUAAUGAA